AGCGCGGGGGGCGCCCGGCGGCCCCUUGCAGAGGCGCGCGGAGACAGCGUCCCGCGUGCACGAACCCGGAUCGCGGCCGGAGCGAGAGAUCCAGUUGUCCUCGGUAUCCAGGGAGCCCUCCUCGUCCUCCUCCUCCUCUUCCUGCUGCCACUCUACCACCGCAGUUGCUGGUUGUUGCUAAGGUUGCCUCCAUGGUAACGUGCACAUCCUGUUUGUACCUCCAUCUGGGCAAGUCAGUCUAAGCUAGGAACCUACCUACCCUGGUCAACCACUCCAUCACCACCUGGGGACCCCAAUCAUUGUGACACGACGUCCGGCUUCUACUCAGUUCCCCCGCCUUCUUCCUCCUCUCACUGCCAGCCUCACACCGAAGAGAAGAUCUGGACUUGGCGUUGCUCCUCUGAAGCGUAUUGCACAAGACAGAGUUGGUCUGUUUCCCGACGGGGCCCCCAGAGAAGCAAGAAGGAGGAAGAAGCGGGAACAGGGGGACAGGAGACGCCGAGCAGUUAAAGGGAAACCCCGCUUCUGGUCUGGUAGAGGGGCUUGGUAACAGCCGGCAAAAUGACGAACCCAUCAGAACAUGCCUUGCCGGCCAACUCGGUGGCCGAGAGUCACGAAGGGGACUUUGGCUGCACGCUCAUGGACCUGCGGAAGCUCAUGGAGCUGCGUUCGAGCGAUGCAGUGACCCAGAUCAACGUGCAGUAUGGAGGCGUGCAGAACCUCUGCAGUCGCCUGAAAACCUCCCCCGUGGAAGGUCUCUCUGGGAACCCUGCCGACCUGGAGAAACGCAGGCAGGUGUUCGGGCAGAACCUGAUCCCCCCCAAAAAGCCCAAGACCUUCUUAGAGCUGGUGUGGGAGGCCCUGCAAGACGUCACCCUCAUCAUCCUGGAGAUCGCGGCCAUCAUCUCCCUAGUCCUGUCCUUCUAUCGCCCGCCUGGCGGAGAAAACGAGCUGUGUGGUCAGGUUGCACAAAGUGCGGAGGAUGAAGGGGAGGCGGAAGCCGGCUGGAUCGAGGGGGCGGCCAUCCUGUUCUCGGUGAUCAUCGUGGUGCUGGUGACCGCCUUCAACGACUGGAGCAAGGAGAAGCAGUUCCGGGGCCUCCAGAGCCGCAUCGAGCAGGAGCAGAAGUUCUCUGUGAUCCGCAACGGCCAGCUCAUCCAGCUGCCAGUGGCUGACAUCGUGGUGGGCGACAUCGCCCAGAUCAAGUACGGUGACCUGCUGCCGGCCGACGGAGUCUUGAUCCAGGGGAAUGACCUGAAGAUUGACGAGAGCUCGCUCACGGGGGAGUCCGACCACGUCCGGAAGUCCCUGGACAAAGACCCCAUGCUGCUCUCAGGGACCCACGUGAUGGAAGGCUCUGGCCGGAUGGUGGUGACCGCUGUGGGUGUCAACUCGCAGACCGGGAUCAUCUUCACUCUGCUGGGGGCCAGUGACGAUGAUGAAGAAGAGAAGAAGAAGAAAGGUAAAAAACAAGGAGUCCCUGAAAAUCGCAACAAAGCAAAGACCCAGGACGGCGUGGCCCUGGAGAUCCAGCCACUCAACAGCCAGGACGGGGCCGACAACGAGGACAAGGACAAGAAGGCCAGCAAGGUGCACAAGAAGGAGAAGUCGGUGCUGCAGGGCAAGCUGACACGCCUGGCCGUCCAGAUCGGGAAAGCCGGCCUCAUCAUGUCCGCCGUGACCGUGGUCAUCCUGAUUCUGUACUUCGUGAUCGACAACUUCGUGAUCCAAGGCAGACCGUGGCUCGCCGAGUGCACCCCCGUCUACAUCCAGUACUUUGUCAAGUUCUUCAUCAUCGGCGUCACCGUGCUGGUGGUGGCCGUGCCCGAGGGACUGCCGCUGGCCGUCACCAUCUCCCUGGCCUACUCUGUGAAGAAAAUGAUGAAAGAUAACAACUUGGUGCGGCACCUGGAUGCCUGUGAGACAAUGGGCAACGCCACGGCCAUCUGCUCCGACAAGACCGGCACGCUGACCAUGAACCGCAUGACCGUGGUGCAGGCCUACAUCGGGGGCACCCACUACCACCAGGUGCCCAGCCCCGACAUCUUCCUGCCCAAGGUCCUGGACCUCAUCGUCAACGGCAUUGCCAUCAACAGCGCUUACACAUCCAAGAUCCUGCCUCCGGAGAAGGAGGGAGGCCUGCCGCGGCAGGUGGGCAACAAGACCGAGUGUGCUCUGCUGGGCUUUGUCACAGAUCUGAAGCAGGACUACCAGGCGGUGCGCAACGAGGUGCCCGAGGAGAAGCUCUACAAGGUGUACACCUUCAACUCGGUGCGCAAGUCCAUGAGCACGGUCAUCCGGAAGCCCGCUGGCGGCUUCCGCAUGUACAGCAAGGGCGCCUCGGAGAUCAUGCUGCGCAAGUGCAAUCGGAUCCUGGACAAGAAGGGGGAGGCGGUCCCGUUCAAGAACAAGGACCGCGAGGACAUGGUGCGCAGCGUCAUCGAACCCAUGGCCUGCGAGGGGCUGCGCACCAUCUGCAUAGCCUACCGGGACUUCGACGACGCCGAGCCCUCCUGGGACAACGAGAGCGAGGUCCUCACCGAGCUCACCUGCAUCGCCGUCGUGGGCAUCGAGGACCCCGUGCGCCCAGAGGUCCCAGAAGCUAUCGCCAAAUGCAAGCGAGCUGGCAUCACCGUCAGAAUGGUGACCGGGGACAAUGUCAACACAGCCCGAGCCAUCGCCACCAAAUGUGGCAUCCUGACACCUGGCGAUGACUUCCUGUGCUUAGAAGGCAAAGAAUUCAACCGACUCAUUCGCAACGAAAAGGGAGAGGUAGAACAAGAGAAGCUGGACAAGAUCUGGCCCAAGCUUCGGGUCCUGGCCCGGUCCUCGCCCACAGACAAGCACACGCUGGUGAAAGGCAUCAUUGACAGCACCGUUGGGGACCAGCGGCAGGUGGUGGCUGUCACCGGUGAUGGCACAAACGAUGGGCCGGCCCUCAAGAAGGCAGACGUUGGUUUUGCCAUGGGGAUCGCAGGCACAGACGUGGCCAAGGAGGCCUCGGACAUCAUCCUGACGGACGACAACUUCACCAGCAUCGUCAAGGCCGUGAUGUGGGGGCGGAACGUCUACGACAGCAUCUCCAAGUUCCUGCAGUUCCAGCUCACGGUCAACGUGGUGGCCGUGAUCGUGGCCUUCACGGGCGCCUGCAUCACCCAGGACUCCCCCCUGAAAGCUGUGCAGAUGCUGUGGGUGAACCUGAUCAUGGACACUUUCGCCUCGCUGGCCCUGGCCACCGAGCCCCCCACCGACGCGCUGCUGAGGCGGCGCCCCUACGGCCGAAACAAGCCCCUGAUCUCGCGGACCAUGAUGAAGAACAUCCUGGGCCACGCCGUCUAUCAGCUCACCGUCAUCUUUUUCCUGGUCUUUGCUGGUGAGAAGUUCUUCAACAUCGACAGUGGGAGGAAGGCCCCGCUCCACUCGCCGCCCAGCCAGCACUACACCAUCGUCUUCAACACCUUCGUGCUGAUGCAGCUCUUCAACGAGAUCAACUCCCGCAAGAUCCACGGCGAGAGGAACGUGUUCGCCGGCAUCUACCACAACCUCAUCUUCUGCUCGGUGGUCCUGGGCACGUUCAUCAGCCAGGUUCUCAUUGUGGAAUUUGGGGGCAAGCCCUUCAGCUGCACAAAGCUCAGCCUGUCGCAGUGGCUGUGGUGUCUCUUCAUUGGGAUCGGAGAACUCCUGUGGGGCCAGAUCAUCUCUGCGAUACCCACGCAAUCCCUGAAGUUCCUGAAGGAGGCCGGGCACGGCACCACCAAGGAGGAGAUCAGCAAGGACGCCGAGGGGCUGGAUGAGAUCGACCACGCCGAGAUGGAGCUGCGCCGAGGCCAGAUCCUCUGGUUCCGGGGCCUGAACCGGAUCCAGACCCAGAUCGAAGUAAUUAACACAUUCCAGACGGGAGCCUCUAUUAAGGGAGUCCUAAGGCGCCAGACCAUGGGGCAGCACCUUGACGUAAAACUGGGUCCUAGCUCGUCCUAUAUCAAGGUGGUCAAAGCAUUCCAUAGCUCCCUCCACGAGAGCAUUCAGAAGCCCAGGAACCAGAACUCCAUCCACAACUUCAUGACCCACCCUGAAUUCGCCAUAGAUGAGGAGUCGCCGCGAACACCCUUCCUAGAUGAGCAGGAGGACGACAGUCUGCACGAGGCCCUUGACUCUGGGUCCAAGGUGUUCCCGCCGGACGGCGAGGCCGCGCCCUACGCCAACAGAAACAACAACGCGGUGGACUGCAAGCCGUCGCGAGCCGCCGCGUCCUGCUCCGACAGCCCUCUGCACAGCCUGGAGACCUCCGUGUGAACGCUCGUUCUAGGACCCCCACCCCUGCUUCCCCUGCGCCCCUUCUCAUCUGCCCUACCCAUAAGGCGACGAUGCGACUUGCCACUGUCACAUCAGCUGCUCCCAAGUGUGUUUGAACCCCCCCACACCCCCCCACCUGAGCACAAAGAAGACGCAUAAACAAGAGACCUACCAGGAUGGCAGCCAAAACUUGAGCUGGGGUUUGUAGCAGGAUCCAGUCAAACCCCGGGCAGGUACUGGCAGAGUCUCCUCCUCCGGGCGUCCAUUGUCCCAGCGUCCGAUGUCCGUGGUGAAAUGAUGACAAUCCUCUGGGCGUCACCCCAACCCGAGCCCCGCCCCCGACGCCCCCACCCCAGUGUUCACAGCUGCGUGACCUUCUCCUGACUUCGGGACGCUGCCCCACGGGUCUGGGCCGUUGAUCAGCCACGCUGAGAGUUCAGACAGACAGACAGCCCCAGAUGAAAUGCGGAGAGAUGUGGAGCCAGCCGGCUGAGUGAGCGAGCUCACAACAACUUGUCCCAUUUUAAACGCUUCACCUGAGGGCCUCUGGCUCCUCCUGCCCUUCCAGCCCCACCUGCCUGGCAUCGUCUCCCUCCCCCCGGCUUGUUUCUGUUUUUAGCGCUGUGUCCGUUGAGAGACUAGAGAGGACGUGGGUGCAUCGCGUGGAGCUGCACCGUUCUCCCUCCUGGCCCCGUAGAAACCUCGGUGUAGCUGCACAGGCAGGGAGGCUUCCUUGAGGAAGGGUCCUGUGGGAGCAGCUAGGGGCUGACGAGGUCACCUGCUGUUGCCAGGCUACCUUCUGCUUCUAAACUGCCAUCUGGCCGGGCGGGGGAGGCUCCGGUGCAGGGAGAGCGCAGCCUCAGCUGGGACACCUGCAUACAUCCGGGAGAGUUCACUGUGGGCCUGAGUCCUCGCCUCGUCCUCAAGGGAUGGCAGAAGGGUGAGUUGGGGGUGCCCUGCCCCCUGGCUGGACUUGGAUUUCGAGAACCAGGAGCUGGCGGGCCUUCGGAGCAGACGCCCGGGCGCUCCUCCUCGGGGGCAGCUGCUGCUUUCAAAGCCAUCAGCCAAGGGUUGGGCGAGUGAGCAUCCAGAAGCCUUGAGGGAGCCCCCGGGCCCUUGCAGCAGGACCCCAGAGCACCUGCCCACAGGGGCCAGAAGCCCCGCACUUCCGGGGCCUGGGGGCCGGCCCGCGCAUCCCCUUUGGCUCUCUGGUCUGCCUCUUGUCCCUCCGGUCUCUGAGACAAUCCCAGCCCUUCUCAAAAAUUCUUACCUUGAAAGAUGUGUAUCCAGAGUGGGGGAGCCUGCAGCAUUUACCGGCUCACGGGGGGCAAAAGGCCCACCCCACAGCGCCCCCUUCUUGCCCUUGCCUUCCUCCUGCACCCCUCCCUCCCCACCCCACCCCGCACGAGCCCCCUGCCAGCAGUGUGUCCGGCUGGGCUGCCACGGGGGAGAGCCCGGUGCCUUUUCUCCCCGAGUGCUGCCCUCCCCACCUGCCCCUCAGGAGCUGGGGGCUUCGCGAGGGGGUGUCUCAAGUGUUCCUCCCUGGGGCAGGUGGGGGCACAUGGGAGGGGGCCCCCCGACUUCAUUCCUGUCCCCUGUAAUAAAUGAAGCCCACUCCCCUCCUCCAAGAGCGAUGGGAAGAAAGUAGAGGGGGCUCGAGGCGCGUGUGAAUCCCGCUUGGGGGAGGAAGGUGACCUGAGCCUGCCUGCUCCAGCCUUUCCCAGAGCCCUGCUCCCUCUCCCCACUCUCCUGCGCUAUCUGUCGAAGGUGGGGCCAGCAAAGAAGCCAUGCCCACUGCACCCCGCACUGCUGCAGAUCCAUCCUAGCAGGGAAGAGAAAAAGCAACUUGGCUUUGGUUUUGUGCAGGUUCCAUGCUUCAGCGGUUUUUCUGUCUUCAGUACCCACAGGGGGAUAAUAAACAGCUCACCCAAGGUGUAAGGUGUUCACAUAAAUAUUUAUUAAGUACAUCGGAAGAUUUAAUUCUGUCAAGUCUUUUAUUACCUCAGAUCAUUCUAAAAAGCAAGCCAAUAAGAAGCUCGGAGGCUCCUCCCCGACCAUGUCUGCUCCUGAGACAGGGACCCAGGAGAGCUCAUGUCUAGGUUUUUAAAGUCAAUGGUUUCUCUGUGUGUGUGUGUAUGUGAGUGUGCUAGUUUCCAUAGGAGAGAAAAUACAGAAAUAUUAUGCAAAAAACCAUAUAGUCUUCUUUAGAUUAGAAACUGAUAUUUUUGAGUCAGCCAUAUGUCUUGUAUCUAAAGGAUUCACAAUGCAGUGCCGUCACAGAACCUGGUGGAAGGAAGUGCGCACCUUGACACAAGGGGUGACCUCGUGUCUCCGCCGUUGGUUUCAGAACCAGCGCACUGUGCUUCCUUUCGCCAAACAGCCAUCCUUGUACUUGGGGGGGGGGGGGGAAUCUGUCGGGUUCUAG